UGCAGCAGCUAAUUGCAGUCAGAAUAAACUGAUGGAUGAAUUGAGGCCAAACCUUGGUCUUCUUGGAGUCGGUCUCGUUGAGAACGAUACUUUUCAUCUUAAUCAUAAUCAAGAAAAGAGAAAGUGUAGCAGCACAAGUUCCAAUGAACAGGACUUUGGACUCUAUGGAGUUCAUCAAGGUUUAGAAGCUAGUCCACCUACACCCGCGGCUACACCCGGCAGAAACUCCGUUGGCAAUACCACGAGUGUUGGUGCUGAGGGAGCCUUUAAAAAAUUGAAACCCGAACCCUGCGCCUCCAGUCCUCACAUCGGCCACACUCCAACCACAGCCAGCUGUCCUACACCCGCUAGAAGACGACAUAGGACUACAUUUACCCAGGAGCAGCUGGCGGAAUUGGAAUCGGCAUUCGCGAAAUCCCAUUAUCCGGACAUAUACUGCAGAGAGGAAUUAGCGAGAAGCACGAAAUUGAACGAGGCCAGAAUCCAGGUAUGGUUUCAAAACAGGAGAGCAAAAUACAGAAAACAAGAGAAACAAUUGCAAAAAGCACUAGCACCAAUACCAGCAUGUCAAGGUGCGAUGAUGAGGAAUAUUUAUCCUGGAGCUGGAAGAGGAUAUCAACCUUAUGCUCAUCCGCACAACAGUAUAAAUGGCAUUAAUCGUUAUCCACAGAUGGGUGCUACUUCUUAUCCAAGUAUGCCUCAGCCUUUUUCCAUGACACAUUCGGCGUCUAAUAUGUCAGCAGUAACGGGAAUGCGACAAGAUGCUAUGGGAAUGUCUGCAGAAGAUGAAUGGUACAAUAAAAGUAUUUCAGCACUAAGAAUGAAUACAGCACAUCAUCCAAAUUUAGCCGCUCCAAUGCUUCAAUACCAAACAUAAUUCUUAUCGUUAACUUUCGACUUUAAAUAAAGAGUCUAAAUAAUAAUAUUAAAAAUAAUAUUAAUUAUAAUUAUAAUAUUGAUACUAAUGAUAAUUAAUUAAAUAAUUA